UCUUUUUUAUUCUCUUUCCUUCAGUGUCCUGACAGUCAUUUCUUCAUCUCCUACAAUGAGGUUCUUGUGUGCUACUGUCUGAGAGAAGCCGCAGAAAUGCCUUGGCGCGGGAGCAGGAGACGUCAUGGAUUCCUGAGUGUGGGGCUUUGCAGGAAAGCCCUGAGUCUCGGACAUGGACCGGCUCCAGGUUUCCAUGGCAAACGCGCACAAACAGGAGGAAACACUGAGGGAAUCCCGUUAUUUUACAGCAUGGGAGCAUUAUAAACACCCAGAGCGAGGAAGGAAGCCGCUCUCGAUGCUUAAGUAAUCCUCACAGAGCUCGAGGAAAGGGGGGGACCUCAGAGCAGAACCGCUACUGAAGCCGAAGCGGACGCACGCUCUUUGACUCUGAAAGGGAGUUUUGCGCCGCCUUAAGUUUUUAAACAAUAAACGAAGAUUUUUCUUUCUCUCCUCGCAACAUCUAACCGAAGAACGUCUUCUGUGCUAUGCUUUUUCAGGGAGAGUAAUUUUUACUGCCUAUAUAUACUUUUUUUUUUUUUUAGUAUUGUUCCUUUUUUUCCGCUUUCUUCUCCAGAUGUUUAGAGAGAAUUGGAGGCUGGCGCAGUACCACAUGAUGAGGUCCAUGGAUCAAGAUGACCCUGGCCUUGCCUCUCACAAGGUCCUCCGUCCUGAAUCUGAGCAGGUUUUCCCUUUGGAUGAGCAGUACAGGAUCAAGUCCUGCAACUCCCCUUACUCCAACCUCAACCCCGAAGUUCUCUCAGGGUACGAAAACCAGGAGGCCAGAAACUACCUGGACAACACCCGUCCACCAGGUCUGGCCCUGAGCCCCCGGAUCGAGAUCACCCCGUCCCGAGAGCACUACAGUCAUGGCCGGGACUCGCUGCCGAACCAGCACCUGAACCUCAGCCCCAGACCCACCCUCACUGUGCCCGGCCAUGAGAGCCUCGCCUACCGUGAGCCCCAGUGCCUGAGUCCCGCCAGCAGCAACUCCUCCACCAGCUGGCACUCUGAGAGCUACUCGCCCUGGGCGUCCCCCUGUGUUUCACCCAGUAGCGGCCCAAAUCCAGCAGAUCUCUGCCCCCGCAUGCAGAACAUCCACACCUGCUCCCCACGCACCUCCCCGGGUACCUCCCCUCACACCAGCCUCGGAGAAGACGGCGGCCUGGGAGCACGCUCGCCCUCGCCCCGACCGCGCUCCACCUCCCCGCAGGGCAAGCGCACCUACGAAAUGUACCGGAAUCCGGGGCUGAUACCUGGGCAGCGGUCCCGCAGUCCGUCCCCUCACAGCGGCCAGGAGAACCCCAACACGGGAGCUCAUUUCGCACACGUUGUUGAGGGCGUGAAUGGAUUUGGCAGCAGUCAGCCAGGCAUGGUGCCCACCAAAAUAGUCAAGACCUCCAACCAACUUUACGCUUUAAUCCCAGAGAAUCACGGAGACGGGAACUACUGUGAUCAGGACAUUAAAACCAAACCUGCUGCAGAGCCUUUCUAUGUUAUCCCAUCAAUCUGGCCCAAGCCGCUGGUUCCCAAUAUCUGCAGCCUCCCAUUGACCACAGCCCCACCACUGGAGUGGCCCCUUCCCAGUCGCACAGACCAGUAUGAGCUCCACAUUGAGGUGCAGCCCAAGCCUCACCACAGGGCUCACUAUGAGACGGAGGGAAGCAGGGGCGCAGUUAAAGCCCCCACAGGAGGACAUCCAGUGGUGCAGUUGCACGGCUACAGAGGCAAAGAUCCAGUUGGCCUCCAGAUUUUUAUUGGUACCGCAGAUGAGCGCAUCCUGAAGCCUCACGCCUUUUAUCAAGUUCACCGGAUCACCGGCAAGACGGUCACCACCAACAGCUACGAGAGGAUCAUCAACGGCACCAAAGUCCUGGAGAUCCCAUUGGAGCCAAAGAACAACAUGAAAGCCAUAAUCGACUGCGCUGGCAUCCUGAAGCUCAGGAACGCCGACAUCGAGCUGAGGAAAGGCGAGACGGAUGUCGGUCGGAAAAACACCCGGGUCCGACUUGUGUUUCGCGUGCACAUAUUUCAGCCUGGAGGUCAGGACGUCUGUCUGCAAGUGGCCUCGCAUCCCAUCGAGUGUUCUCAGCGUUCUGCACACGAGCUUCCCAUGGUGGAGAAGCAGGAUAUGGACAGCUGCUCCGUCCUGGGCGGCCAGCAGAUGAUCCUGACUGGGCAGAACUUCAGCUCCGACUCAAAGGUCAUCUUCCUGGAGAAGAGUCACGAUGGCCAGCAACUCUGGGAAAUGGAAGCAACGGUGGACAAAGACAAGAGCCAACCUAGCAUGCUGUUUGUGGAAGUGCCAUCUUACCAUGAUACAUCCAUAUGCCAACCUGUCAAAGUGAACUUCUACGUUAUUAACGGCAAACGGAAGCGCAGUCAACCUCAGCAUUUCACCUUCAACCCACUGACAUCUCCUGCCAUAAAGACAGAACCUCUAGAUGAAUAUGAAGCACAAAAUAUGAGCUUUGGUAUUCCUCAGAUCUUGGGCUUAUCGCCUCAAUCCUAUUACCACAACCCUCGCGGCAUCCUUCACCCAGACAAUGGCCUAAUGUCCGGCAUGGCUUCCUGUCAGCGCUUCAGCCCCAACCUUCCAAACCAAGACGCGCGUUUCCAGCAGCAAAGCCCGGCUAUUGUCUACUCUCGAGGUGGGAAGAGCCUCAGUAGCAGCCCAGGCACGUGGCACUCCGGCGGGGUCAUACCUGACCCCCACCGGUCAGUGCUGGUCCACACAGGCUCACCAGCUCAGUCUGUAGGUCCCAUCAGUUCAGGCCAGCACCCAUCUAUCAUCCAGUUCUCCCCUACCAACCACCACCUGCUCAGGGCUGGAGACGCGGAGACUCUCCCUCCUCCUCAGCCUGAUAACCAGCAGAUACUUUUCUGCGAUGACUACCCUCCGCAGGCUGGAUCCCACUCACCUGGACACCCCCAAGCCCAGGCAGCGGUGACCCACCAGCAGCCAUGUCCCACCGUCAUCCAGCAGCAGCAGCAGCCGUUUGGGCAGAAGGAGCCCCAAAAGGUCCGGGUGUCGCCCGGGACACAGCCGAUGGAGGUUACCGAAGAAGAACAGAGGAGGGUGACGGUCAAGGAGGAGAACUUGGACCAGGCCUACCUAGAUGAUGGUGAGUUGAAUGAAAUCAUCAGAAAGGAUCUGACGGGGGUUCAGGCCAGAGGUCAGACAUAGACAACGGAGCGAAGCAGGAAGCGACUGCCUAUUCCUCUUCCUGUGCUACCCACAGACAAACAGACACGCAUCAAUGCAAUCAUCUACUCUCCAGCAAGGUGGCGCUCAUCCCCCUACAAUCUGAUCUCCUGGUCAUUGUUUCCCUUUAAACAUAGAGACCGGAACGUCAGCUCCUGGUUGCUGUGUUUGCUUUGGAUGGUUUCCUGCAAUAAACACUUUGUAAACAGAGGAGCUCAUUUUACCAGUAACAUCUGCCACCAGCACCACUAGGGAUUACUGAGAAAACACAGGGACAUACACCUUAUUUUGAUGAAUAUCUUUACAAGUAUAACCUCAGAAACCAUCUAAAAAGAGAAACGAGUGGAAUAAAGGGAAUAAUUCCUUAAACACGUCCAUAAAGCAACUUUAUCUGCUCUAUUCCGGCAAUAAACUCACACCUCUUGCCUUAUAAUAGCAAAGAUCUGGUUUGUAGCAUGCAGCUAUUUCACCAAAAAUGUCUAACAGGUUAUUGCAAAACCAAAAAAUAAAGCACAAAUCAAUGUUCUCUUGCGGCUUGUAAUAUUUUUCAGCCUUAAUUGCACAAAGUUUGUCUAUAAGUUUCUUUCUGUUGCUUUUCCAAAGCGUUCAUGCUCAUCAUCUCAUUUUAAGUGCAAUUUUGUGCUGGAAGACAAACGCACACAGCCUUAAACAAUCUGUAAAUGAACUAUUGUGACACUGCCUGUUAUGCACUGUUUUCAAACAGUGGUUGAUGUUAUGGCUUCUUAUAUCAUUUGAGUCAUCAGAGUAAAUGAAUAUUUUAUGCUUGUUUUGCAAUAGUAAUUGUUACAGUAACUUGUGAUAAUGCAAUAUUACAUAUAUCUCUGCACAUAUCAAGAGCCAAAAGUGCCACAAUCCAAUAAAUAACUUUUAAACAUUAAUGUAGGCAAUCAAUUAAAUAAAAUUGU